AGUUAUUGGGUUGCCACGCCUUAACUUACUCCAAUUCAUAAUGUCCUCUCCACCCCCUCGCAUUCAGAUCCUCCCUGUCUAACGUAACGUUGUAUCCUGCGUAUGGUAUACGGUAUAGUGUGUGUACGAUAUAUUCUGCGUCCGCUCCAAAAAUUCGCAAGGAAAUUUUCCAUUAUUCGUCAAAUUCGACCACGAUACAACUGUACAUAGCUUUCAGUAGCUACUAUAGCGAUUACAUUUCUGAGAAACGCUAAGUAUCGAGCAAAACUUUCAUACGUGAACAAUGUGCCGAUCGAAGCGGAAUAUCUUUAACUGAAUUAACCUUUUUUCGUGGGUAUAUCAUAUUCUUUGUAUCGCAUUCUGUUAUUUUUAACGUGACGCCCAUUAGUCUUGAAAUUGAGUCGAAUUACUCGCAAUUUUGUAAAGAGAAACACAGGGUGAAUUUGUUCGAUAUAUUCGGCAUGUCGAGCGAGAGCGUAAAAACAUUUGCAAGUCUUGAGACACCUGGAUAUGUGGGAUUUGCAAAUUUACCUAAUCAAGUCCAUCGGAAAUCUGUGAAAAAAGGUUUCGAGUUUACACUUAUGGUUGUUGGAGAAUCUGGACUUGGAAAAUCCACUUUGGUAAAUAGUUUGUUCCUUACGGAUUUAUAUCCUGAACGAAUAAUUCCUGAUGCAGUUGAGAAAACCAAUCAAACUGUCCAACUUGAUGCUUCAACAGUCGAGAUUGAAGAAAGAGGCGUUAAACUUAGAUUAACAGUUGUUGAUACGCCUGGUUAUGGAGAUGCAAUCGACAACACAGAUAGUUUUAGAGCUAUCAUUGAAUACAUAGACGAUCAAUUUGAAAGAUUUCUUCGUGACGAAAGUGGCUUAAACAGAAGGAACAUUGUAGAUAACAGGAUACAUUGUUGUUUUUAUUUUAUUUCCCCAUUUGGCCAUGGAUUGAAACCACUGGAUAUCGAAUUUAUGAAGCAACUUCAUAACAAAGUUAAUAUAGUACCUGUAAUAGCAAAAGCUGAUGUACUUACCAAAAAGGAAGUCCUGCGUCUGAAAAAAAGAGUUAUGGAAGAGAUUGAAGGCAAUGGAAUCAAAAUAUAUCCUUUACCAGACUGUGAUAGUGAUGAGGAUGAGGAUUACAAAGAACAAGUACGUCAGUUAAAAGAGGCUGUUCCAUUUGCAGUAUGUGGUGCAAAUAGUUUAAUUGAGGUAAAAGGAAAAAGAGUACGAGGUCGAGUGUAUUCGUGGGGUGUUGUUGAAGUGGAAAAUCCCGAUCAUUGCGAUUUCAUCAAAUUAAGAACGAUGCUUAUUACACAUAUGCAAGAUUUACAGGAAGUAACACAAGAGGUACAUUAUGAAAAUUACCGUAGCGAAAGAUUGGCAAAGGGAGCUCCGGUACCACCUCGACGUCAAACUCUUGCUGAAUCCGACAAAAACAGCACGGUGUCAGAAAAGGAUCGUAUUUUGCAAGAAAAAGAAGCAGAAAUACGACAUAUGCAGGAAUUGCUGGCUGUGAUGCAAGCACAGAUGCAACAACAACAACCUUGAUCAAACAUGCAUUUUUAUACUGAUAUGUCAAGAAAGUGACUUUUCACUGUUAUGAGUGCCAAAAAGAUUUAGAAAACUUUUUUAGUAACUUACAUGAUCAAGGUAUUGACUUGGUAUUAUUUUUUUAGCUUUAUCUUCAUAAGAAUAAUCUCAUUUUGAUAUAUAUAUUAAGCGUUUAGCAAACAUUUCAUAAGAAUAUGAAAAAUAAUGGAAUCUGUCUUCAAUAUAACUUUUUCAGAAAUGUGCAUUCUGUGCAUUAUAUGAAAGAAAGAAUUCUUGAUAUUUAGCUAUCAAUGUCCCAUUUAAAACAAAUAAUUAACAAAAUCGAUUUGAAAUUUUGACACAAUAUGAAAUAAAUGUUUGGAUAUAUAAGGUUGGCAGAAAAAAUAGCUUAUUCUUCAAUAGCUUAUUUUUAUCAAUUUUUCUUAACAAAAUUUAUUUGAAUACUUGAAGAAUUGCACUAUUUAUAAAAUUUUAUUGUAUGUUCAAAAACAGAAUCUAUUUUUAAUAUUUGAGUCUGCACUUAUUAAUUUCUUAUAUUACUUUUAUUUUAUUCUUUUUUAAUUGAUGGCACUGUUUAAAAUUUUAUUCAUAUCAUAAAUUUAUGCAUAUGUGUAAUAAGAUUUAAAAAAGAUUGUAUUACUUAGGAAAAAAAAAAAAAAAAAAAAAUGAAACAAGAUCAA